AGUAAGUGACAAACGUUGAACAAGUUAACAAACGAUCGGAACAAGUUAUUGAAGCUUCUCCGUUAGGGGCAAACUUUGAUUAGUUUAUAAAAAUAACCAAAAAAUAUUUAUCGUGAGUCAUGGCCGUGGGAACUUUCCUACUCACGGCACUGCUGGCUCUAGUUGGCUACCUUCUGAUGAAAUGGCGCCGCACCAUGAGGUAUUGGCAGGAGUUGGGGAUUCCCUGCGAGGAACCCCAUGUGUUCAUGGGAAACAUGCAGGGAGUGCGAACCAAGCGGUCGUUUAGCGAAAUCUGGACGAGCUACUACAAAAAGUUUAGCGGCAGCGGACCCUUCGCUGGCUUCUAUUGGUUCCGGCGACCGGCUGUUUUCGUCCUGGAAACUUCUCUGGCCAAGCAGAUUCUGAUCAAAGAUUUCAACAAGUUCACGGACCGUGGAUUCUUUCACAACACGGAGGACGAUCCCUUGUCGGGACAACUCUUCCUAUUGGAUGGGCAUAAGUGGCGGUCCAUGAGGAACAAACUAUCGCCCACCUUCACAUCGGGCAAAAUGAAGUAUAUGUUCCCCACUGUGCUCAAGGUGGGUCACGAGUUCACCGAGGUGUUUGGCCAAGAUGUGGCCAAGAAUCCAAUUAUUGAAGUGCGGGAGCUUUUGGCCCGGUUCACCACUGAUGUGAUUGGCACCUGUGCCUUUGGCAUCGAAUGCAGCAGUCUGAAGGACCCGGAAGCCGAGUUCCGAGUGAUGGGUCGUCGGUCUGUAACCGAGCAGCGAUUAGGUCCCAUUGGUAUCGGAUUUGUCAAUAGCUUUCCCAAUCUGGCACGUCGUUUCCACAUGAAGAUGACAGCGGAGCCCAUUGAAAAGUUCUUCAUGCGCAUCGUCAGGGAGACGGUGGCUUUCAGAGAGCAGAACCACAUCCGUCGAAACGAUUUCAUGGAUCAGUUGAUCGAUUUGAAAAACAAACCACUAAUGACCUCUGAGACCGGCGAGAAUGUCAAUCUGACCAUCGAGGAGAUUGCCGCGCAGGCUUUCGUUUUCUUUGCGGCCGGAUUUGAAACCUCGUCGACCACGAUGGGAUUCGCUUUGUAUGAGCUGGCCCAAAAUCAGGACAUCCAGAACCGUGUGCGGGAAGAGAUCCUGGAAGUUGGUCAGAAGUAUAACGGAGAUUUGACCUAUGAAAGCCUAAAGGAUCUGGUCUACCUCGAUCAAGUGAUAUCUGAAACGCUUCGCCUAUACACUGUACUACCCGUUUUGAAUAGAGAAUGCCUGGAGGACUUUGUGGUUCCCGAAAAUCCCAAGUAUGUGAUUAAGAAGGGAAUGCCCAUCCUGAUUCCCGCCGGAGCCAUGCACCGGGAUGAGAGACUCUAUCCAAAUCCGGACCAGUUCAACCCGGACAACUUCUCCGCCGAUCGCGUCAAGGAACGCGAUUCCGUGGAGUGGCUGCCAUUCGGCGAUGGUCCCAGAAACUGCAUCGGAAUGCGCUUUGGCCAAAUGCAGACAAGGCUUGGACUGGCUCUCCUCAUCAAGAACUUUAAGUUUUCCGUCUGCGAAAAGACAACGAUUCCCAUGAAGUACAACAAAGAAUUGUUCCUCGUUGCAAGUGAAUCAGGCAUUAACCUCAAGGUGGAACGAGUGUAAUUACUAUAAAUACGAAAUAAUCAUAUAAAUGGACUAAUAGAUAA